AGAAAACUAGCUUUUGUCAAAUCUCCUACAAAACACCAUAAAUGUCUAUCACACUCCACCCAACUGAAACGCUGACUGGGUUGAGUUCUGGCUCAGUGCGUCUUGGAGAUUUGUACACCAAGGAAGAGAGGGAAUUACUUGUAGAAUUGAGAGUCCCGACAGCACCGAAGAGGAUGCACUAUGUGAUGUUUGUUAGAUGUCCUUACAAGGAUCCAGCGACGCAUGAGGUGGUAUAUGGCAAAGAUCAAGGGGUUUUCAUCCCUCCACCUCACUCCGGCCAAUCAACGGCCAAAGGCACCUCAACUAAUUGAUCAUCCAGCAAGGCUAGCAAAAGAUCAAUAUUGUUCUUAUUGCUUACAAUAUACUUUUCUCCCAUAG